AUGCCAUCUACGCAAUUAACCCAAGUGCCACAAUCGGUCCUAGACCUCAGUGGAGAUCUAGAAGAACUGGUAUACACCAAAGCAGCAAUUGGAAUCUACGACCGAACCAUGCUGGCAAUCGUCAACCCGACAACAACACCGAUGGAGCUCAAUCUCCACCACGGGUCCUGGCUACAGGCCAAGUCGAAAGUGGCAUCGCUCCACCGGAGCAUCGUGGCGGAUUUCAAUCGGCUGCCGCGUCAUAUGAAACGCACUUUCGUGAGGGCCAAUCGCUUGACUUUGUCGGAGCAUGGGUUUCGGCCAUCUGCAGAUAACUUGGAGAUCACCCGUCCUGGUAGUAGGAGGGCUAUCGCUUUGCUUUGA